AUUGUCAAAAGAUUUUUAACCUAUGCUUUGCAUUUUGCUCAGUGCUCACGAAAACGAAUAUAUUUUUACUUUACCAACAGUAAGCUUAAUUACAGUAACAAAAUUAUGAAUAACAUGUUCAAGCUAAAACUGUCCGCUUUAGGACACCCAAAUCCAGAGAGCUUCAACUGCAAUGAUAAAAGCGAGUACAGAAGUGUAGUACUAUGGUUAGAAGACCAGAAGAUAAGACAUUACAAAAUAGAAGAGCGGGAAGGGCUCAGGCAAAUCGAAAGUGACGAAUGGGAUGCGGCGUAUGAUACAUAUCAGAAAGACCUCGUCAGCCCUGUUAUUGAGGGCUCCCCGAAUGAACAGUUAAACUGGCUCAUGUCGUAUGCCGUCCGGUUAGAAUACGCGGACAAUGCUGAGAAGUACAAAGAAAUCAAAGUAGAACAACCCAAACAAGCUACACCUAAUGUAGUAUCUUCAAAUCCUUUGGAUAAUCUUGACUUCUCCAGUCCAGCAUUCAAACAAGGCAUUGAUAGAAUAUCAACCCUGGCCGGGAUUGGCCCUCAUCCUGACCCCAAGCUCCGCCUGGCAGCCCUGGCCAAAAUCUUGAAAACAAACCCACACCCUGAGCCCCCUGCAAGUGAUGCUAACAUUAUCCAACAGCCUUCUGACGUCUUGAAGCUCCUCUUUGUUCAGGAUUUGAGGGACUUGCAGACAAAGAUUAAUGAGGCCUUGGUAGCGGUCCAAAAAGUGACUGCUGAUCCUCGCACCGACACAAAGUUGGGCCGUGUGGGAAGAUAAUUUAUUAUGCUAAGUUAAGAUUUCAGUGGAAAGGAAGUUUGAUUGACAAAUUAAUUGUAUUGUUUUAGCAUUAGAAAGGCUUAACUUUCUGAUUGAUAAACACUGAAUACCGGGUUCGAAUCCCGGUAAGGGCAUUUAUUUGUGUGAUGAGCACAGAUAUUUGUUCCUGAGUCAUGGAUGUUGUCUAUGUAUAUAAGUAUUUAUAUAUUAUAUAUAUUGUCUGAGUACCC